ACUUCCUGUAAUGGGUACGUACAUAUCUACACGGAACAGAUCAGGGCUUUUUGGUUGUGUAUUUAAUAUCGACCUACCUUAUCUCAUAAGCAAGCUCUCUAGUGACAAAAAACUCUCUGAGAUUUAGCUCAUACUGAAAACAAGAUGUGUCAGAAUCCGCCACAAGAAGAUCGAAGUAUGUUUGGAGUACUAGUGGAUGUAUCAGGAUCCAUGGAAAGUGCCAUUGCUCUUGAUAGCUCCAAGGAUGCCAGUGUGGAGCGUGUUCAUGCUAUCAUAACAACCACCCUCAAGGUUGUGAAAGCAGAAGUGAAUAAUCACAAUCGAUCAGACGAAAUUUUUGUUAGUGUGUUUGGGCUAAAAUUAAACUUUGGUGUAUGCAAUUUGAUUGCUUUGCUACGCCUUAUUGCUGGUCCAGAAAAGCUGCGCGGAUUAGAACCGCACAAUGCAUUGAUUCAACUUGCCAAAGAUCAUGGAGCUGCACAUGCUGAGCAAUGGAUUCGAGAGCACCUGAACAAAGAGGAAGCUAGAGAUCUCUUCAGGGUUUUAUGUUUUGAUGAGGAUCUCGUACCAGGAAUGAUACGGAAAAUACCACCCAAUUCUAUAUCGAGCUCUGUCUUGUCUGGAAUAGGAAAUUAUUUACCAGGAGGUAGAUUUGUCGAAGGGUUUGCUGUACGUCAAACAGAAGCUUACCGCUAUGCCCAAGAGCUUGUUAUAAACAAGGAUGAAAUCAUCGAACGAAAGCUCCGGUCGAUUGAGCAUUCUUCCCCUGAAUCUGUUUUGUGUGUCUCCAAGCUGUUGGAUGAUCUCAACUUGGGAGACAACUCUUCUGGUGCUUCCAGCUCUCUUCAUUCUCGAAUCAAAGAGCUUCUUGAUCCAAUUAGACCUUACAUAUUUGGUCUUACUCCAAUGCAUAGGGCAAUCCACAGUGCAUUCGAUGUAUUUCAUUUAUCUAGAGCUAAGUACAAAGUGUUUCUCAUUUUGUCUGAUGGCGUGUCAACUGAUGGAAAUCCGCUUGACCUUGUUGGAGCUCUUCAAGACUCCAAUGUCAUUAGAGUGUCCUGUUAUCUCACAGAUGAACAUAUUCCCAACCAGAGAUGCCUGAUUGACAAGACCCCUUCUGAUUGGCCAGAGAGUGAUGGCCGACGCACACUUUUCAACAUGAGCUCAACGGUGAGAAAUAUUGAUCCUCCAGUUUCAUUUCUUCUUGAUCUUGAUAAUGGCUGGACAUUGCCACUCUCGGGAGAAAGCCGCUUGUUUGUUCAGGCAAACAGCUUGGAUGUGGUAGAUGAGCUGUGCAAGGUUGUGGUUGCUCAGCUAACAAACCCUUGUGAUGCUCUUGUGGAUCUUAUAGGAAAGGUACCACUGGGUCAGUACAUCAACCAGGAAAAUGCGAGUUUCAAACCUGAAAUGCAAGACGGCAAAACAUGCUUUGCAAAUGCUAUUGGUACUGUGUUUCACCUUGCCAUGAAGCGGAUUGUUGGUCGAGAUGACAGCUUAGACCCAGAGCGGAUUGUUGGUCGAGAUGACUGCUUAGACCCAGAGCGGAUUGUUGGCCGAGAUGACUGCUUAGACUCAGAGCGGAUUGUUGGUCGAGAUGACUGCUUAGACUCAGAGCGGUUCACGAAAAUCAAGAAACGAUUAAUUGAUGAGUACGACAAAGUCAAGAAUAAACCAUCGACACGAGAGAUUCUUGUAAAGUUUUGUCAUGAGUAUCGCUUUCACUUCAAGAAAGUGGAUGAGAUUCAUGCCCGACAAGCACUCAACCACAGGAGGCCUCUUGUUGCAAUUUUUUUGCUGAGAAAGAACCAAUGGGCCAAGUUUCAUAAGUUCUACAAGAAAACGCCAAAAGAGAUCCUGCAGAGGGCUGAUGUUGGAGAUGGUCCGACUGUGGCAGAGAAGGGUGACAGCUGUGGUCAUGCUGUGGUUUUGAUUAGGUGCAGUCCUGAUUACCUCCUAUUCAUGAACUCCUGGGGCCAAGAAUGGGGCGAUGGUGGAUUCUUCAAAGUAAAAGAUGCCUCUGUACUAGACAGAAUGACUUUCUACGAUGUCUACUGGACGGAGGAUGAUCUCAAACAGAGCGAAAAGGAUGCGUAUCGAAUAGAGGCGAUCAAGAAAGCGAAAAACCUGGCUGCUUCAUUUCCCAGUAUCAAUAGCUUGCUGUUUGAAUGUCCUCAGUGCCGAAGAGCGUCAAGUGUGAAAGAAUUCGAAGGUGAUUUGAUUGAGGCAAAUUGCCCGAAGUGUGAGCACAAAUUCAAGCCUACAAAUGAUGACCUUGUGAAGAGUCUGUACCUUAGAAAAUAAUUUUAAUCAGACUGAUUUAACUGUCUCUUAGUAUAAAUUAAUAGUCCUGUUUAGGUGUGUAUAAUAAUUAGUUGUGUAAAUAGAUUAUAGACUGUAACUUCCUGUUCUCGUUGUUAUUGUAUCCAUGCGUGCAUAUAGGUUCUGUUGGUUAGAUUAGAAAUUAGAUUAUGCGGUUAUUUCCUGUGGUUAACUUUAGUUUCUGUAUACUUUUAUUUUUGUGUAGUUGUUCUUUAUUCCUUUAUGCCUAUAUAUAGCUAGAGGGGCCUGCUCCAGACGGCUCUCUUAUGUAUAUGGGAGCCUCAAGCUGCUCCACUGCCUUUUGUCUUGUGCAUUUGUACUCCUUCAUUUUAUCAGUUAUUGGUCA